UAACAGGUUCGUUUGAUCAUUGCCUGAUGACUCCCGUCUCGAUCGCGGAACGGGUUUAGAACUCUGAGGGAGAGACAGCUAGUGAACGCCCUUUGAGGAACAUCGGUGCGGCCAGCGAUGCCGACGAUCACAAAAUCGAAGGUUCCGCUGUGCCGAGAUCGGAGGACAACAGUGAGCAUGUUCGUUGAUGUCCUCGAAGGGACACCGGCACGGGUCGGUACGUCGCAUCUAAAAACGUAGGGGCCUCGGGUAAGAUGGAGCCCCUCGAGGCUCCCGGGGUCAUCACGAUCGAGUGGGAGAUGCUCGACAAACCUCGUUUCGUGACCUUCUCUGUUUUUAACUCGCUCAUCCUUAGAUGCCUCGUGUAUCCUCUGACCGUGGUGAAGACCCGGCUCCAGGUCCAGUCAGCCUAUAAUUACAAUGGAACUUGUGAUGCCCUCAGUAAAAUUCUAAAGGUUGAGGGAUUCAAGUCUCUUUAUAGAGGCUUCUGGAUAAAUUCUAUGCAAAUUUUUUCGGGCAUUGGCUACAUCAUCACCUACGAAAAAGUGAGGGACUCAUUGCACCAGCGUGGAGUCUCGGACCUGCGUGUCAAGGGCCUAAUCGGAGGUGGCGUCAGCUCAUUAGUCGGUCAAACGCUCAUCACCCCUUUCGACGUCGUGUCUCAACACAUUAUGGUAUUGGGUAGAAACGGUAUCAAUCCCUUGAACCUUCCAGCGGAUGUUCUGCAGUCUCGUUUGCGCACUUUCAGCCGAGUGUGUUCGGAAGUAUAUCGCCGAGAUGGCCCGAUAGGAUUUUACAGAGGUUAUUUCGCAUCUCUGAUUGCUUAUGUGCCAGGAAGUGCCUUUUGGUGGGCUUUCUAUCCCGUAUAUCAAGAAGCUUUAAUUUCUCUUUCCCCUCCGUGGACGCCUCUGCUCGCGGUGCAAUGCAUGGCGGGCCCCUUGAGCGGCGUCACUACCUGCGUUUUUACAAAUCCUGCUGAUAUUGUGAGAGCCCGAAUCCAAGUGCAGCGGCUAGAUUCGUGGACGAGAGCUUUGCGAUACGUGUGGCGAACCGAGGGUCUCCGCAUAUUUACGAUUGGUCUCUCCGCUCGCAUGCUUCAGAGCUCGAUAAGCUCGUUCCUCCUUGUUUCGGGCUACGAGUCGCUCAAAAGAUUGUCUGUGAGUGAGGAAUACAAACAUCGGAUCAGGUGGUAGGGAGGCGGACCCGUACUGUUCGAAAAUGUGGCGUCGAUGUCGAGACCAUUCCCCGCAUUAUGACGCACCUGAGCUUUUUCACAUUGACGGAAUGGCCAGAAGACAGGACAUCACCGAAGGGAGGUGACGGUAAUCUCAUGAGGAAGUCCAGGAGACUGCUGGAUCAAUGAGAAAAGGCAACCCGAAGGAUCUGCUGAGAAAUCGCCCCUGAAAGAGGGUCUCAUUGCUAUAUUUGUCUAUCGUGCAUGGGAAGAUCAAUGUUGCCUCUACCGAGUCACAGGGGAGGUCUAACCAGUAUGUGUCGAGCUCCGGUGAGAAUGUGAUUUUCGGCCGUCGCUGUAAUACAUAGAUUCACCAAACUGACAGAGACGCCAGGCUGAAGGAGUACCGGGGGAAUGCAUAUGAAACCGGAAAUUCGGGAAGGUCAUCUGCCCUGUAAUUGAUUGUUCGGUAUCAUGUUCAUGUACUCAGUACAACAGACGGGGACUCGAUAUGCGGAAGGUGAGAGCAGAGGACGGGGUGUAGCACGGACGGUCGCUGGCCCCGCUUUUCAGAAUCCCAGACAUACUGUCGGGGGUCAAUGAAUGACUCUGACUCGUUCCGACUCUGCAAAGUCCACCCUCCUAAACCACAGAAUCCUUGAGUGUUGUCUGGCCGGCAGCCCUGAAAUCCUGGGACCCCGUCUCUUCGAACUUGUUAUUGUAAAUUAUAUGUAAAAAAAGAAACUAUAAUUGUUCUCAAUUUUUAGUCCGUCGCGAGUUCACACAACCGCGUGUAAUAAACAAGGAUGUUUCAUUCAACAA